AUGGGCUGGACCACACUGCCUGCUGAAGUCUUCGAGAUAAUCCUCACAUAUCUGGAUCUCGACACGGUCAAGGCUCUUCGUCUGACAGACCGAAAGCUCGCAGAAAAGUGCAUCGGGCCCCGGUUCUUAGGCUCCAUUCAACAACCAACUUUCGAUGUAUCGCCGCAGAAUCUUCGCUCUCUUCAUGCCUUGGCUUGCAAUCCUGCCAUCAGCAAGAUGGUCUAUUCUCUGACCUUUCUGGCCACGAGCCUGGACUCUUCCGAAUUAGAGAAGAACGUGGAAUCUGGAAAAUACAUUGUGCGGGAAUGCCAUGGGCCUUUUUUUACAGCAACUGAUGUCGCAUAUUCCCCCGAGGAACUCUUGAACGCUAAAUCCGAGUUGAACUGGUUAAAAGAACAGCAAGAACUAAGAUCCAAUGAGUCGUCGAGCGAGAUGAUUGAACUUCUUCAACUUGCGCUCAAAGGGUUUGGCGAGUUGGAUUUUAUCCACUUAGAUGGUGCGGUCAUCAUGGGACGUUCGCAGCGAGGAUCGGCCGGGCAUGGGAAGUGGCAUCCGCUCUGGAUGCGAGCGUCACAUGUAUUCUCUUUGGUUGUGACAGCCAUAGUGAAGAGCGGGGCCUCGGUGAAGAAACUCGAUGUAUAUCGCAAUACUCCCAGAUGCUGCAUUUCAUCUGGUCACAUCACUUCCUAUGCAUCAGGUCUCAGCCCAAAGCAGCUAGGGAUACUAAGCAAAGGCCUGGAAUCACUCAAGCUCAGUAUGUCUGCUGAGAUACAAAAUGAGCUUGAAAUUGUCGAAUCAGAUGAAGACAAACUAAGUGAAUACGACGAAGCAUCUCGCAGAACAUUUGGCUACUCGACGGGACAUUUAUCACGCGAUGAUCCUCGUGCGGUGCUAGCUGAUGAAACACAGGGAAUUACAUCCCUACUCAAGUCUGCAUCAGCCCUUAGAGAGCUGGAUUUAUCUUUCCGCCAGACCCUGGUCGACGGGAGCUUGGACAGCUACGACCGGAUAAUUGAAAGUAUCGCCAAUGAAACCUACUUCCCAAGACUGGAAAAAUGUGCACUUUCUGGAUUCCUGGCAAAAGGGGAUUCGUUUCUGCUAUUUCUCCGAAAGCAUCCCGAUCUCCGCUCUCUCACAUUGCACGAGUGUUCUUUGACCGCUGGGUCUUGGACCCCGAUCUUUUCUCAUCUAAGCCAGUCGAUGCCAAAGCUAGAGAACCUCAACCUCGGGAACUUGUUUGGAAAACAUAUGCCGUAUCCAAAAUUUGCACCGAGGCGGCCCAAUUCGAAUGAUGAAAAGCAAGAUGAAGAGCAUGGCGAGCAGGAAAUCGACGGCAUGCUUUGA